AUGGUUUCUACAGAGGAAGAGAAAAUUAAACGCGGCCAUCUUGCGUUAGUCGCGGCGUCGUUAGUCGCGAGGCGGUGCGCGAGGCGCGAGGCGCUCGCUGGGCACGAGGCGAGAGGCCGCAGGACGGGUCCCCGAGCAGGUUUAACGGCCGGCCGCCCGCCCGUCUGGCCGUUCACCCGAGGCCCGAGCGGGGGCUCCGGCGGAGUGGCGAGCGCGCGAAAAACACCACGCGCGCGCCGUUAUCGCGCCCACCGGCAACGCCGCCGCUGUCGA